AUGAAAUUCCAUCAAAGUUUGAAAUUUAACUCCGUCCCUGAUUGGCAAGAUCAUUAUAUCGAUUAUGAUAGUUUGAAGAAAGUCAUCUAUAAUUUACAAAAAAAACAAUUAGAUUUAGGUAUUGAAUUCAAAGAACAUCAUGAUAUGUUCACUGAUUUGAUCGUUUCUAAAUCCCAUUCUUCUGCCUCCAAUUCAUCGGAUUUAGAAACUGGCGAAAAGUCCGAUGAUGUGCAUAUCCACACCACCGAUGAAUUCAACCCUUUAAGUGAAUUUGGUAAGGAAAUUUUGAAAGAAGUUGAAAAAUUGAAUCAAUUUUAUUCUGUCAAGAGUGAAGAGAUCACUGCUGAAUUCAAUGAUUUAGUCAAAGAUUUACAAAGUUUGGACCAGAACAUUUUUAACUUCAUUAAACAUCAAAAAGAAAACAAAAUCAGUAGAGUCAAUACUAAUGUUAUUACUGAAGAAGAAGACAUUGAUAAUAUCGACUCAUCAGAUGAUGAUGAAGAUAAUUAUCAAUCUUCAAUCUUAUUAAAUCACAAAGACAUGAAAUUACAAAAAAGCAUCAAUUUGAAACAAAGAUGUAAAAUCAUCUUCAUUAAAUUGAACGAAUUGAAAUCUUUCAUCGAGUUAAAUAAAAUUGGUUUCAUCAAAAUUACCAAGAAAUUUGAUAAAAAUUUGAACUAUAGAAUCAAGGAAAAUGUGGAUGAUUAUUUGACUACUUCAGACACCAUUUUCAACUGUUUCACUUUAGAAGCUAUCAAUGAAAAAAUUGGUAAGGUUGUUAACGGAUUCGUUUUCAUCUCUUUCAAGUUGGACCACUCCAAAAAUGUUGAUUCAGUUAUAUUUGAAUUGAACAGUUAUCUUAGAGAUCAUAUUAUCUGGGAAAGAAACACUGUUUGGAAGGAUUUAUUAUCCUUACAAAACAAAAAACAAGAUUUCUCCUUGAAUUCCAACUUGUUGAACUUAAGAGUAAAAAAUUACAAGAUCCCAUUCACUAGUAAACAUGUCAAAUUACCUCAAUCUUUGGUUAGUUGGCAGAUAUUCAAACUCAUUUUGAUUAUCGUUGUUUUCGUUAUCUUGCUUACUGUUCGUACCUUUGCUGAUAAAGUACAAGCCAGAGCUUUGGCUGUGUUAGUUGCUGCCGCUAUGUUAUGGGCUUCAGAAGCUUUACCUUUAUAUACCACUGCCAUGUUGAUUCCUUUAUUGAUUGUUACUUGUAAGAUUUUGAAAGAUGAAGAUGGUAAUGCUAUGGAUGCCGCCGAUGCAUCAUCAACUAUCUUAGCUUCCAUGUGGAAUUCUGUCAUCACUAUCUUGGUCGGUGGUUUUACCUUGGCUGCUGGUUUAUCUAAGUACAAUAUUGCAAAAGUCAUUUCUUCGUGGAUCUUGGCCGGUGUGGGUGUCAAACCAAGAUAUAUCUUGUUAACCAUUAUGUUGAUUGCAUUAUUCUUAGCUAUGUGGAUUUCUAAUGUUGCUACUCCAAUUUUAUGUUAUUCAUUAAUCCAACAAGUGUUGAAAACCAUUCCAACUGAUUCUCCUUUUGCUCAAGCUUUGGUUUUAGGAAUUGCUUUAGCUUCGAAUAUGGCUGGUAUGUCUUCCCCAAUCGCUUCUCCUCAAAAUGUCAUUGGUAUUCAACAGAUGAGUCCAAAUCCAGGUUGGGGUAAUUGGUUUGCUGUUGCAUUACCUGUAUCCAUUAUUGGUACUGUUUUGAUUUGGUUAUUCCUCAUUUUGACUUUCAAAAUCAAUACUACUAAGAUCAAACCAUUUCAACCAAUUAAAGAUCCUUGGACCACCAAGCAAAUUUUCAUCAUGAUCGUUACUGUCGCCACCAUUUUAUUAUGGUGUGUUGAAUCCAACAUUGAAUCUACUUUUGGUUCCGGUGGUAUUAUCGCUAUCGUUCCAGUUAUAUUAUUCUUUGGUACUGGAUUGUUAAAGACCGAAGAUUUGAAUAACUUCCCAUGGUCUAUCGUUUUGUUGGCCAUGGGUGGUCAAGCUUUGGGUAAGGGUAUCUCAUCAUCUGGUUUAUUAUCCACCAUUGCCUUAUCAUUACAAAAGAAAAUCUUUGAUUAUAAUGUUUGGGUAAUUUUAAUCAUUUUCGGUAUCGUUACUUUAGUUUUCGCAACUUUUGUCUCUCAUACCGUUGCUGCAUUGAUUAUCAUUCCUUUAGUUAAAGAGGUCGGUGAAAAUUUACCAGAAAACCAUGCCAAUUUAUUGGUUAUGGCAACAUCUUUACUUGCAUCAGCUGCUAUGGGUUUACCAACUUCAGGUUUCCCCAAUGUUACAGCUAUUUCUAUGACUGAUGAAUUGGGUAGAAGGUAUUUGACUGUCAAUACAUUCAUCAAUAGAGGGGUCCCAGCUUCUAUUAUUGCUUUUAUUGUCGUUAUUACUAUUGGUUAUGGUAUCAUGAAUGCUUUGAAUUUCUAA